CUGCGAGCUUGCGGCCCGUUAAACGGCGUAACUGCGUAAGUCGGAAUUCCAAAUUUAGGAUUAUCACAAACUACCAUACACUCUUUAGUGACUCGGUUUCGGUAGCACAAUUCUAUUUUUGAUCGUCAUUUGUUUUUCUUCCUGUUCGUCCGCUGAUUCCCACAAUCAUGUACAAGCUAAAACCGGUGGUCCCAGUACCUACGUUAGGUGAAAGCACUUGCCGCAUGUACAAACUCAAAGAUUUACAACAGAUUUCGUUCUCCGGGAUGCCGAUGAUCGACAAGUCUGAUGAGGAUGUAAGUGAUGAUACUGAAUUGUCCGAUCAAGAAAUCCAAGCACUUAUAGAGAAACAAACUGAAGUUCUCAAAACAUUACAACAGCUUGAACUCAGAUUAAGUAAAUUAGAUGUAAAAUUCCCUGAUGCUAAGGAUGUCGUACCUAUCCUAGUAAGAGAACAAUCAAUUCAGUGUAAUGUUAAUAAAAAACCCAUAAGCAGUUCUAAGCCUGUAAUCAAUAAUGACAUUGAAAAUCUGAUAAAAAAUGAUACAGUAGUAUUUGCUGAUCCAGACGAUCCACCAUAUUCUCUAUUAGCUUUACCAAUUUUAUGGUCAGCAGUUGCAUGGGAUAUUUCUUAUCAUGUGCAUUCGUCUGUAUUGAAAGAUUUGAAAACAUUUGAAACCAUUAAAGCAUUCAAAAAUGUGGCUUGUAAAGACACAAAGAGCAUGGUUAAAGUCUUUGUUAUAUGGCAACAUAUUAAGCCUAGUCCUAAAGUGGUCAGAUCUCCUACGGAUUCAUCAAUUGGUGAAGUGUCAUUGUUGUGGACAUUUAACCAAUAUCUAGCCACUAAACCACUGCUGACUGCUGCUGAUCAACUAAAAUCUGACAAGGUUUUAGAUUUGUUAAAUGAAAUUGGUUUUUCGGAAAAUGAUCGAACUACAGAACUUUACAACCUGAUCAUGGAUUCGAAUACAAAAUUGGACAUUACAAAUAUUAUCAUAUGGUCUCUGUUGUACAAAAAAAGUGAACACCCACCAAAGAUAAAAAAAUGGCUAUCACACUUUACAAAAAUUAUAAUUGUCUAAAAAAUUGUUUAUAAUAAAUAUAAUAUUUAUGUGCG